GUCACAUUCAUGUGUUACAUAAAGAGCAGGAUAAAGGACUGAGCCCUGUGCAUGCUGUUGGGAGCCGUGUCUUGACCGUCAAGCUCAGGAGAACCGUAGAACAGCCUUCAUUUUAUCAAAAGCACAGGCAGGCUGAGAGGAAAGAUGGCGGCUUCCUUGCUGAGGAUAGGACGUUUAGGCUGUGUCAAGUGUUUGCAGGCUGAGAGCUGGAGUACUCUGAGGAGAGCGCCUGCAGCUGCAGCCUUUAGCACAAAAUCCGGGGGUUCCAAGAAGUCGACAAAAAAGAAAAACUCAGACAAAGACCAGGCUAAAACAUUCUUCGAUUUAGAGAAACUUGUCCAGCACAAGUCAUAUGACCUUCCCAAGAAAGAAGUUUCUCCAGCAGCAGCUGUUGCAGCAGCAGAAGCUGUUGCUAAAGCAGCUGCAGAUCCCCCCCCCGCUGCUGCCGCACUUGAGGCUGUGGCAACCACCCCGGUGGUAGAAGCUGCGGCGCCCGUGGUAGAAGCUGCGGCGCCCGUGGUAGAAGCUGCGGCGCCCGUGGUAGAAGCUGCGCCGGUAGUCGAGGCUGUCGCCGAAGCGGCGCCCGUGGUUGAAGCUGUCGCCGAAGCGGUGCCCGUGGUUGAAGCUGUCGCCGAAGCGGCGCCCGUGGUUGAAGCUGUCGCCGAAGCGGUGCCCGUGGUUGAAGCUGUCGCCGAAGCGGUGCCCGUGGUUGAAGCUGUCGCCGAAGCGGUGCCCGUGGUUGAAGCUGUCGCCGAAGCGGUGCCCGUGGUCGAAGCUGUUGCCGAAGCGGCGCCCGUGGUUGAAGCCGUGGUCGAAGCUGUCGCCGAAGCGGUGCCCGUGGUCGAAGCUGUCGCCGAAGCGGUGCCCGUGGUUGAAGCUGUCGCCGAAGCGGUGCCCGUGGUCGAAGCUGUCGCCGAAGCGGUGCCCGUGGUUGAAGCUGUGGUCGAAGCUGUCGCCGAAGCGGUGCCCGUGGUUGAAGCUGUGGUCGAUGCUGUCGCUGAAGCAAGUCCUGUGGUCGAAGCUGCGCCCAUGGUGGAGGCUGUCUCAGAAGUAAUUGUAGAGGCUGUGCCAGCGGCUGAAGCUGCGCCUGUAGAAGCUGAAACUGCCACAGUAGAAGCUGCUCCAGAGCCUGUGGCUGAAACUGCCACAGUAGAAGCUGCUCCAGAGCCUGUGGCUGAAGCUGCGCCUGUAGAAGCUGCUCCAGAGCCUGUGGCUGAAGCUGCCCCUGUAGAAGCUGAAGGUUCUGGCCCUGUGGAGGGAACAGAGGAGCUGGUGGACCCGGCUCCAGUCGUAGCUGAAGCUGCAGGAGAGGAGCUGCGGGUGGAGGCCCCAGCUGAACCAGUUGAACCGUUUAAGGCUCAAAUGGACCCAAUUCAGAAGCUCUUCCUGGACUCCAUACGCGAAUAUUCUUCAAAAAGCCAGGCAACGGAGGGGUUAGUGGAUGCAGGAUCAGAUUAUGAAAAGGCCUGGGCAGAUGAGGUAUCAAAGCUUGAGAGACUCUAUGGUGGUGGGGACCUUACAUCUUUUCCAGAGUUCAAAUUCACAGAGCCCAAGUUUGAUGAAGUUGCCCAGAAGUAAACAGCAGCACUAUGCAAUUGAACUUUUCUAAUGUUGCCUUUGACCUGUACACCAUACACCUGUAUCUGCUUAAUGUCAUAUUUACAACAAACCAUUGCCUCUAGCUUUGUAUGCAAUUAUUAGAUCUGUUUCAAUUGCUAGCUAUGCGAUGAGUAGAAGCUAAAGCAUUGGAUGUACAUUUCUGGCAGACCAAGUUCUUUUAGGGCUGUGAAAUAAUCUUUGUAUAGAUAGAUCUGUGGCUGAGUUAAAUGUGAAUAAACCAAUAAAUUCCAGUUCAUAUU